CUCGGGCCCAAUAACGUCACCUUGUUGAUGUCCGCCUCUCGGUUCAUUCGAGCCUGUGAGGUCCACGCGGGAAGCAUCAUAAGAAUCAAGCAUGUCCGCAGACACCGAAAUGAAGGCAGCGGACGCGAAAGCGCCGGAAAAGGCGGCCAGCGAGGCCGCGCCGACGACGCCCCCUCAGGUUCAGCUGCUCGUCCUGCUCCGCCAGAACCUCGCAUUGAUUGAGCGCAGCGUCACACACAUGGAGCCUCGCUUCACGGCAAGGAUAUUGCGCACACUGCCUUACACCCGCAAGCGUCUCACGCUCUACUCGAAUGUUCUCGCCACGGCAGUCAAGGAGGGUCUCCAGCCAGGCUCGCCUCUUGCUACUCAACUCCUGUCCGUCCUUCCCGAGCCAUAUGUACCGCCUCCCCCAACUACUCCUGCUAGCAAGGCAGCAGAUGCAGAUGCCAUGGCGGUAGACCCUGACAUCAAGGCGGACAAGAAGGAUAAAGACGGCAAGUCAGAUAGCAAGGACAAGGCCGAACCCAAGAAGAAAGCGGAAAAGGAAAAGAAGCCAUUCGAGCAGCCCCAUCAGCCGAUCCCUGAAGCAACGCAGGAGCUGGAAGCCUAUCUGAGCUUGCUUGUCACCAUCUAUUUGCUCGACUCGAGCAAACUUCCUGACUCCCUUGCGUUGGCACGCUCCACGUUCGCGAACAUCGUCGCCGCAAACCGCCGCAGCUUGGACCUUCUCGGCGCCAAGGUCAUCUACUAUAUCGGGCGUGGCGUCGAGCUUCUCAAGCUCAAGGACGGUAAAGGCGAAGCUCUGGCUGGCGAGCGCGGCUUUUUGCUCGCUCAACACCGGACUGCGUCCCUGCGUCAUGAGGCAGAGACGACCGCGACGAUCAUCAACCUGCUGCUACGAUGCUAUCUCGUAGAGUCGAACCUCUACGACCAAGCCGACAAGCUGGUUGCUCGCGCGCCCUUCCCGCGUUCACAGGCCUCCAAUGGCCAGAUCGCUCGCUUUGACUACUAUGUCGGUCGCAUCCGUGCCGUGCAGCUCAACUACACCGAGGCGCACUCGCAUCUGCAACAAGCUAUCCGCCGUGCCCCACAACCGACGACGACCACUGCGAGCGCGGCGGCUGGCGCCGUGUCCAUGCCAUACCAAAGCGCCGCCGGGUUUUUGCAGUCUGCGCACAAGUUCUUUGUCGUCGUCGAGCUUCUCAUGGGCGAUAUUCCAGACCGCAGCAUUUUCCGCAUCGACGCGCUCAAGAAACCACUUGCGCCCUACCUUGAGAUUGUUCAGGCUGUCCGCGUGGGUGAUCUGAAUCUGUUCCAGUCGGCACUGUCGCGUCACGAGAGCCUUUUCCACCAAGAUAAGACCUACUCUCUCAUCCUUCGUCUGCGCCACAAUGUCAUUAAGACUGGCAUUCGCAUGAUCUCACUGGCCUACUCGCGCAUCUCGCUCCAGGAUAUCACAAAGAAGCUACACCUCGAGAGCGAGGAGGAUGCAGAGUACAUUGUUGCCAAGGCGAUUAGGGAUGGUGUGAUCGAGGCGAAAGUUGAGCAUGAAAAGGGCUGGAUGGAGAGCAGGGAAAAGAUGGACGUGUACGCGACAAACGAGCCACAGGUGCAGUUUCAACAGCGCAUCAAUUUCUGCUUGCAACUGCAUAACGACUCGCUUAAGGCAAUGCGCUAUCCCCUCAACUACCACAAGGCCGAACUUGCCAAAGCUGCGUCUGCGCGGGAACGGGAGAGGGAGCUAGCAAAAGAGAUUGCGGAUGCUGACAUGGAUGACUCAGACGAUGAUUGGAUCUAGUCUCGUACAUAUCGGCUCCCAUGAACUUGCAACUUGCGUCCAAC